AGUACGCCCAAGCAGGAAGUGCUGUGAAGAGCGGAUAGCUAGUAUCUACUGAAAACAUACACAAUCGUGAACGCUCAACGAAUGCCGGUAGCAAAUAAAAAAAGCAAUCAAAUAACAUCAGCUUGCCGCACCUUGAUAGUCGAUGUGCGAGCCAUAUCACCGGUCAUCUGUUUAUAUCGUUGCUUGCACUGACAGCUGUCAGCGAAAUGGAACAUAUCCGAACGCCAAAGGUGGAGCAGGUGCGUCUGUUGGACCGCUUCAGUAACAAGUCAACCAGCGGGACGCUGCACCUGACAGCUACACACCUCAUCUUCGUGGAGAGCAAUGCCGACGCGGCACAGGAGAUCUGGAUCCUGCACCACCACAUAGGGUCAGUGGAGAAGCUGUCGUUGACCACCAGCGGGUGUCCUCUGGUCAUCCAGUGUCGUAACUUCAGAGUGGUCCACUUUGUGGUCCAGAGAGAGAGAGACUGUCACGACAUCUACAGCUCACUGCUCAGACUGCUACGACCAGUAUCCUAUGAGGAGCUCUAUGCGUUCUCCUACAACCCCAAGCAGAACGAGCAGCAGAGAGAGGAGGGCUGGCAGCUCAACGACCUGGGGGCGGAGUUUGAGAGGAUGGGCGUCCCCUGCGACCAAUGGCAGCUCACUGACGUCAACAGGAACUACAAGAUAUGUGAGACGUAUCCCAGGGACCUGUAUGUGCCCAUCGCAGCCAGUAAGCCCAUCAUCGUCGGCAGCUCCAAGUUCAGGAGCAAAGGACGCUUCCCUGUCCUAACAUACUUCUAUCAGGAGAAGAAGGCAGCGGUGUGUCGGUGCAGCCAGCCUCUCUCUGGGUUCAGCGCGCGAUGCCUGGAGGACGAGAGCAUGCUGCAGGCCAUCAGCAAAGCCAAUCACAACAGCAGAUUUGUCUACGUCAUGGAUACCAGGCCCAAGGUACCCAAUCCCGACAUGGCUAGCUAUCUCUUCCCACAGAAGUAUGUGGACAUUCUCAGUCCCUCUGUUUGUGUUCAUCUUCCUCCCUCUCUGCAGUUGAAUGCCAUGGCCAACAGAGCAGCAGGUAAAGGCUACGAGAAUGAAGAUAACUACUCCAACAUCCGCUUCCAGUUUGUGGGGAUCGAGAACAUCCACGUGAUGAGGACCAGCCUACAGAAACUACUGGAAGUGGUGGGAACUCGUUCUCUGUCAGUGAAUGACUACCUGCUGGGCUUGGAGAGCUCUGGUUGGUUACGACACGUCAAAGCAGUGGUAGACGCAGCCAUCUUCCUCACCAAGGCAGUAACAGUAGAAGGAGCCAGUGUGUUGGUCCAUUGUUCAGACGGCUGGGAUCGGACAGCCCAGGUCUGCUCUCUGGGAGCUCUGCUCAUGGACCCCUACUACCGCACCAUCAAAGGCUUCAUGGUCCUCAUAGAGAAAGACUGGAUCUCAUUUGGACACAAGUUUGCAGACAGAUGUGAUCAGUUGGAUGGUGACCCCAAGGAGGUGUCGCCAGUCUUCACACAGUUCCUGGAGUGUGUGUGGCAGCUCACGGAACAGUUCCCCCAGGCGUUUGAGUUCAAUGAGUGGCUGCUGCUGCAGAUCCAUGAACAUGUUCACUCCUGUCAGUACGGGAACUUCCUGGCUAACAACCAGAGACGGAGAGAAGAGCUGCAACUCAAAGAUAGGACUCACUCUCUGUGGGCGUUUCUGUUGAGUGAGGGGCAGAACUACCUAAACCCCGCCUACUGCCCCGCCUACGCAGAGACGCACCCCGUCCUAGAACCCUCCACCCUGCCCUGCCACCUCAAGUUCUGGAGGAAUAUGUACCACCAGUUUGAUCGUUCCAUGCACCCCCGUCAGUCUGUCCUGAAAAACGUUCUCACCCUGAAAGAGAGCAACCGCCAACUGGAAGACACAAUAAAGAAACUGGAGGCUAGACUACAGAAGCAUGGCAUCAGCCCCCCCACCCCAGACCCCCAGGCCCCCCCUAAAGACCAACGCACCCUCCCUAACCAUACGCGGCCCCACUCCCUCAUCCUGGGAGCCCCCCUCAGCCGUAAGGAGGCGCAGCAUCAGGAGGAGGUGGGAGAGGAGGCAAAAGAAUGCUGCAGUGACACAGAGCGGACAGUAGAGGGAAGCAGUGGUUCAGAGCGCAAGGAGAGCUACGGAGACCUGCAGGGGACAUACGGGGCUAAGGUGGAGCCCACUGUGGUCAGCCUGGAGUUUGGAGUGGCCCGCAUGACAUGCUGAGGCAUUGUGGGAUACUGGAGGAGGGGAGAUUGGACUGGAAUGGACGGAGAGAUAGGGGGGGGGGGGGGGCUGAGCGAUGUGGUGACUGAAGGAUGUGUGUCUGUUUGUUGGUGUGAGUGGGUGUGUGUUGUGUUCAGCCAUAUUCCUAUGAGGGUGUACUGUAUGCCUGUAAUGUACGUCUCUGUGGAAAGAGACAUUAUGGCAUUUACUGCACUUAGAAAGGCUGUUUUAUGAAUGUUGAAAAGAAUAGAGAAUAAAUGAAAAGAUG